CGUUGCAGCGAUGGCGGCGCACGCAAGUUUGUUUACAUCGCGGUGCUGCUAGAAUUUCGUGAAUGUUUUCUUUUUAUACUCACCGAUCGGCUUCGUUUUCAUUAUGGGCGUCGUGAGCAUUCACCAGUUUCCUAUACCUGAAGGCAAAAGCGGCCAGCAAGCUGCGGAACUUCUCCAGAAGCGUCUUGAAACGUUGGGAGCCGUUCGAGAAGGAAUAUUUACCGUGGACUGCGAGACAUACUACAGCGCACCUAACUUAAACCCCAGCCAUUCUGUGAACAUCAUACACGACACCGAGCAUCCGGCCACAUGCUUCGCACUGCUCGAUACGGGCAUGUGCCUUGUCGCGGACAUAACAUUCGACAUGCUCAUGCUUAAGAUGGCCGGAAUCUACAGCUCCAAGAAAUCAACCAAGAUUGAGUCCAGAGGACCCCGUUACGAAGUUGCAGACUUCCUCGUCAAAGUGGGCAGCGUCUCGAUGGGACCAAGCUUUCGGGGCAUUCUCGUUGAGGUUGAGUACCUGCCAUGUGUGGUUCCAUCAAGUUGCUGGGACUUGAUGCGCGAGUUCCUCCAAGGCUUCAUGGGCUCGGCCGUGCAAGGCCCUCCCCAGUACCUACAGGGCCGCAUGAACGAACUGUACAAUCCUGUGGACACUGUCCAGCAGUACAUGGAGCACUUCAACAAUUUCCGAAGGGCGUCUGCUACGCCCGUGGCAGCACCCACAAACAUGGAGUAGCAAGUUGGAGACAAACUGCCCCAUCGAACUCUACAGCCUUUGCUCUGCUGAAACCUCUCUUCCCAUUUCUCUUUCUUCUUCUGCUUUUCUACCUCGGAAGCAAGACUCACUGAAGCCGCGUUUAUCAUCUUUCAUGGACAGACUCCUGUGACAUGUGAAACAUUUGUGCAAUUCAAGUGCAUUGGCGUUUCACUUGUUGACCCAGCUGUGCCCAUGCUAUGCAUGUAAGAUAUCCUUAUAAGUGGUGUGUACUGAAACAUGAAAGCUAUAACAUUCGGGACAUUUUGUGACCUUGUAAUGGCAGCCAAGUGCAGACACAUCUCCUUUAGUUCUUUCCACAGCCUGCAGAAUGUUUCUGUCAUCUAAUGUCAGCUUAAGAAAUGGAAUCUAGCCUGCAAAGGUGGAGAUGACUAUUGCUUUAAAGUAGUUGUUCCAGGCCACUAAAAUUAAAAAAAAAGGGCCUUGAGUGUGACCCAAAAUGGUUAAAGCUGGCCUGACUACAAAGAUGACAGUGAUGACUGCAUAACUCACACAUUGUGAACUUAGCAACGAAUCUUGGAUUAGGGCAGAUCGUUUUCAUGCCUGGUACCUUCUGCUGAGGAAACAUGACAAUAUUUGCAACAGAUGCCACAGAAACUGGAUGUACUGUGGAACGUUAAAGCUAUAACAUGUGGGACGUUUUGUGAGCCCGUAGUGACAGCCAAGUGCAGACACAUUUAUUUGAGUUCUUUCCACAGCUUGCAUAGUGUUUUUAUCAUCCCAUGCAGCUGUUGCCGCAGAAAUACAUUGUCAUCCUUACCGAAA